AUGGUGUAUCAAGAUCAUUUAACGAAAUUUGUCCAUCUACUACCUUUGAAAACCAAGACAGCUGAAGAAGUAGCAUAUCAACUUCUUCAAAUAUUUUUAACAUUUGGUGCCCCAGCUAUAUUGCAUUCAGAUAAUGGUAGGGAAUUCUGUAAUAAAGUCAUAUUCGAACUAUGCACUAUGUGGAAAGAUGUUAAGAUAGUUCAUGGAAAGCCUCAUCAUAGUCACAAGGCUUACUUGAAAGGGCCAUUCAGGAUAUACAGAAUAUAUGGUUUGCACUUUGUACAAUUUGUCAAGGGCACUGCAUAUCACGAAGGAAUAUGCCAAAUUCCUUAUGAAGCCAUGUUUGGCGUUAAACCAAAAAGAGGCAGAGCAUCGUCAUCUUUGCCUGGCGAACAAAUAGCAAAUAUUGAAACUGAAGAACAGCUUGAAGAAAUUGUUAAUACUUUUGAAGGAAAUUUGAGCAAUGGCCAUAACAAAUACCAUAUUCCAAAGGAAAAUAUUGAAGAUGAGCUGCAACCCACCAUGUCUUCUUGUCAAGCCCUGACUAACAACACAAAUUUAUUUCUAUAA